CUCUAAGGUGCCACAAGUCCUCCUUUUCUUUAAGGUGGGUGAGGGAAUCUGUUGUAUUGGACCAGCUUCUGUGGGGGGAGAGACCAGCUUUCUAGCUCUUCCUCAGGUCUCUGUGUGACUUGUGGCAACUUGUUUGUGCCUCCAUUCACUCUCUGUGAAAUGGGGAUAAUGAUCCUGUCCUAGUUUGUCCUGUGGGCUGUGACGCAAAAUUAAUUAAUGUCUGAAAUGCUUUGUGGUCCUCGGGAGUGAGGUGCUGUGGAGUGCCAAGUAUAAUCCAUCCAAUGAAGUGAGCUGUAGCUCAUGAAAGCUUAUGCUCAAAUAAAUUGGUUAGUCUCUAAGGUGCCACACGUACUCCUUUUCUUUUUGCAAAUACAGAUUAACACGGCUGCUACUCUGAAACAAGUAUAAUAGUAGUACCGACAGGGACCAGCUAGCUCACCUUGUUGGAGUAAGAUGGGUCUCUGCUAGGAAGCUUGGAGGAGGCUUUUUUAAAAGGCUUGAAGCCCAACUACUGCCUGUGAUUUAUUUAUGAAUUCUAAUGGCCCUCACAAGAAACUAAUGAGAAAACAAUGGGAAUGAAAUUAAAAACGGACAGAGAGAUGGGAAGCACUGGUGUUUCAGCACAUCUGCCUAAACUGUAGCAAAACACCAUGAAGGAACUCUCUUACUGAAAUCUUACCUGGCACAGGCACUCCUUCAUGCUUCUAAUAAGGCAGAUUGACUCUUGUCUGCUUUCUGGCUCUAUUGCUGUUCACAAGCUUUGUCAAACCCUUACCAUAGCCAAAGGAACAAAUUCCCCAAACUCAUGCUAUACAUUUGUUGGUUUUGCCCAUCUGUACCUGGGGAGUCAGCAUGGUCUAGUUCAGUGGUCCCCAAACUUUUUCUGUCGUGCCCCCUUAUCUGUUAUGGAAUUUGUCUCUCCCUCCUGCUGGGGCUGUGGUCGGAGGAUGGGGCCACGACCAGAGGCCAAAGCCAAGGCUGGAGCUGUGAUCAGGAGCUGAGGCCGUGGCUGAGAGUGGAGCUGUGACCGGGAGCUCAGGGCUGAGGCCAGAGCUGCAGCUGGAGCUGGGUCCAGGAGGAGGGCCCCCAGGAGCCCCAGACAGAUUCCAUUACCGUGUAUUAGUUGCUUUCCUUCAGCCAGUAUGGUGAGACUUCGGCUUUCCAGCACCAUUGUUGUAGUUUUCCUUAUGAUUCAGACUGGAUUCUUACUAUUUAUGUAUGCUCGACAUAGCAGCUUCAUGCCUCAGUCUGAAGAGAAGCCAUCUCGGGUGCACAUCCUUAUUCUCUCUUCCUGGAGGUCAGGAUCUUCCUUUGUUGGCCAACUGUUUAGCCAACACCCUGAUGUCUUCUACCUGAUGGAACCUGCCUGGCAUGUGUGGGUAACGAUGUACCAGAACAGUGCCAAAGUCUUACAUAUGGCUGUUAGAGACCUAGUCAGGUCUGUCUUCAAGUGUGACAUGUCUGUGUUUGAUGCCUACAUGCCUUGGAAGAGAAACUUGUCCGAUCUCUUCCAGUGGGCAGUGAGUCGGGCACUCUGUUCAGCUCCUGCCUGUGAUUCCUUUCAACGCACCGACAUUACCAAUGAAAUGGCCUGCAAGACCCUUUGUGGCAAGUACCCAUUCAGCAAGGUGGAGGAAGCUUGCAAGACCUACAGCCACAUUGUCCUCAAGGAGGUCCGGUUCUUUGAUCUGACAGUUCUCUAUCCCCUUCUCACUGACCUCUCCCUGAAUCUCAAAAUCAUUCACUUGGUGCGUGAUCCCAGAGCUGUUGCCAAGUCACGAGAACAGUCAGUAAAAGCCUUAGCUCGUGACAAUGGGAUUGUUCUGAGCACCAAUGGCACUAAAGUGGAGGAUAGCAAAUAUAAAGUAAUGAAGGAAAUUUGUAGAAGUCACAUCCAGAUCUAUGAAACAGCUACUCAGAAACCUCCAAGAUUUCUAAAAGAUCGCUAUUUGAUGAUCCGUUUUGAAGAUCUGGUUCAAGAUCCCUUAUCAGAAAUCAGAGACAUGUAUAAAUUUGCAGAUCUUAGACUGACCCCCAAACUUGAAAGCUGGAUCUAUAAUAUCACACAUGGCCAGGGACCAGGAAAGAAAAAGGAAGCCUUCAAAAUCACCUCCCGAGAUGCAGUUAACGUUUCCCAGGCCUGGAGGAAUAUUCUUUCCUUCCAAAAAAUUAAGAAAGUACAAGAAGUCUGCAAAGGUGCUAUAAAUAUGCUUGGCUAUAAACUUCUGGAUUCUGAGAAAGAGCAAAAAGAUUUGUCAUUGGAUUUAGUGUUGCCAAGACGAAGAAACCAGUUCAGUUGGUCAUCAUUCAAUCCGAAAAACUAAGACAUAUUACUUUGAGAGGUUUUUUGGAAAUUUUAUUUAUCUACUGUGCAAUGUGCAGGUAGCAUGAAAAGAUUUGGCUGUCAAAUUUAAUCCUAGUCCUAGCUGCUAUUUUUUUUUUUUUUUCAAGUGAUGGAAGGUUUUGUUGGUUUUUUUCUUCAAUUUCGCACACUGGAGAAUGUGAAGCAAAUGAAAAAUGCGGCAUGAGAUUUGUCAGUUUGCAGACUUACAGCUGAGGUGAGCUGUUCUGAACACUGCAUUUUGUAAAUAUUAUGUGUUAAACUAUAUGUCUUUCAAAGGUGAAUUAAUGGAGAUGGAAAAUGUCUUUUGUAUUUAUUAAUACUUUAAUUUUUAAACCUUGAUUAAACUCAGGAUAACAACUGAUUAAACAUUUUAAGGAAAUCUCAGCAUCAUCUCAAAAACAAAUGCAUGGAAAUCAAGAUGGCAUAAAUUCUCUCAUGCUUUCUGCAUUCUUUUUUUUAGUAUCCCCUGAUUUGUUGUUGUCUUUGUAUUCUCCCCCCGACACCCCUCCAAGCUAUUUUGCAGCUCUGUGUUUUUUGAAAACUUGUCUGAAUCUUUUUGUGAUUUAAUUUUCAUUAGUGCAGAUCAUCCUGGGAAACCCCAGAGAACUGGGGUUACUUCUAAAAAUGACCUAUCUUUGGGUCAGCUGUGAAAUCCUGAAUUAUUCUGUCAAUAGAUUUACCUGUGCUCUGAUCUGAAUGGCAGAGUCCUCACCAGCUGUUUGGUUAAGGCACUGGAGUAGAGCUUUUGCACUGGAGUAUGGAAUCUAAAAACAGAAAAUAGAAGUAGAAAAUUAGAAUGAGGGAAUCAUCGUGGUAGUAGCCUGUUCAGAAGAAUAUGCUCUGUAACUCCAUGACACACACAACAGGAACAGACCUGCUUCUACAGUCUGUAAUUUACAGCUUUUUUUAAAUCAAAUUCUAGUUGUUGUACUGAAGAGUCAAUUAUUAAUGAAAUUCACCACAGCAAAUAUGUCUGCCUUUGAAGCUUGUCUGUUAUUUAUACUUCUGUAUGCAAUUCUUGAAGGAACAAAUCUUGAAGCAGAAAUAAAGACUAAUUUUAAACUCUU